UGCAUUUGGAUUAUAAAAAACUAAUACGACAUGUUGAGCCCAGAUUAUGCAAUGAUUGCCUUUCUAUUGGCAACGACACUUUGCUCCGGUUUCGCGCAGGCGCAGCUGCUCGACGAGGAUGAUGACCUGGCCUUCGGCAGACCCUGGCCCACCUACAGCCUGCAGAAUAUGCCCAAGACGCAGUUCACCUGCCAUGACAAGAUCCUAGGUGGUUACUAUGCCGAUCCGGAGACCCAGUGCCAGAUGUUCCACGUGUGCGUCAAGCUGCCCGGAGUGGGGCUCCUACACCGAAGAGUUAAUCCGUUUGUCCAACAGGUGCAGGACUACCGCUUCCUCUGCCCCAAUACGACGGCCUUUGACCAGGAACUGCAGAUCUGUGCCAACUGGUUGGACGUGGACUGCGACAAGGCCACCUCCCUGUACGACAACGGUCACCUGAACGAUUUGUAUCGCGGCGGGGACGACAAUAAGGCCGCCCACGAGGAGGAGGCCACCUUCCAUCUUCAGAGAGCCGAAAGUGGCGAUGUGCGGCGCUCUAAGGAGCACCACAAUGCCAGCCCCAACUCCAAUCGCGGCGUGGAGCACAAGUCACGCCCUCGCCACAAUUACGCCCAGACAGGUGGCGGCUCCAGCUCCAGCUCCAGUCCCAAUUUGGAGAUCACGCAACCCACCAAGCGACCCAUUUCCACCUAUUACACGCCGACCAUCUUGGGCAGCAGCUCCCCCGCGUCCACAACGACUACGACAACCACAUCGACCACGACGGAGCGUAGCUAUUACAACAACAACAAUUACAAUAACAACUACAGCAACAAUUACAGCAACAACAAUGACGACUCGAAGCAAGACGCAGAUGAUAUCUUCAAGGGUUCCCACAGCUCGCACUUCUUCUCCAACCGCCACGGCGGCCGGGAAUACGACGAGGAGCCCGCCCGCCCCAAGCCCAACGAUCUGAGUGACUUCCAACGCAAGACCACGCGGGUCACGCCCACCCGAGGCCAACGGGUAACUUCUGCUCCGAGCAGUCCCCUCACCGCCAGCACUGCUGCUCCCCCGGCAACUACCAAGUCCUUGAAGAAGAUCACCCUGCACGCCACUUUCAACACGGACUUCCUGGACAACUCGCCGCACGCCAAGACCACGGGCCAGAGCGUGGUGACUACGCCGCGUCCCAGCAGCAGCAUCACCAGCCGCUUCAGCUUCGGCUCCAGUGACUUCCCCACCCAGGAGCGCAUCCAGCCCACCACCUACAACCCGAACAGUGGAGCCUAUCGCCUCAAGACGACCACGCCACCACCUUACAGCUCCAGUUCCACCAAGGUAACGGGCAAGGGAGUGCAGGACUUUGACAAGCGCAGCAAGCCCACGGCGGCGGCGGUGCGAAAGCAGAAGCUGGGUCCCCAGGAGUCCAACUACAUCAACCAGAACGAGUUCGGAGAUCUGGCCAAGGGUCCCAAGCUGCAACAGCCGCAGCCCUUCCAGCUGGCCCAGAAGAAGCCCAACCAACUGGAGCCCCAUUACCAGCGCCACAAACCCCAGCAGCCGCAGGUAGUGACCAGGGUGGGCGCCCAGGAGCCCGCUCCCUUCUCGGCUCCCAGCUCAAAGCCGCGCUCGUUCACCAGCCGUGGCAGCAUCACCUACAAAGCCACCACAGAGCGUUAUGCCGACGAUGAGCUGCACUAUCCCACAACUCCUGUGACAGCUGCAUCCAGAGCCAAGGAGGCAUACACGCCCACCACCUUCCGACCCACCACCUACAAGAAGCCCUACGAGCAGAGCUACCAGGCGCAGGCUCACACACAGAUUACCCAUCGCCCCACGCCGGCGGCUAGCAAGAAGUUGACGUCGGCGGCGACACCGGCCCUGCCGACUACGGCGAAUCCCUACUACAAUGUGGACGAGGACGAUGGCCAGUACCAUCCGGAGCUGUACGAGAACGACUUCCCCCGCAAUCGCUUCAAGUUCCUGCGCAACCGAGGUGGCAGCUCUUCCACCUCAACGACCAGUGCCGCUCCGGUGGUAUCCAGCCGGCAGCCACAUGGCUUUCAGCAGGCACACAGCCACCUGAAGAGCCAGCAGCAAUCCGCCUACCAGAAGGAGCGCGAGCGUGAGCGCGAACGUGAACGGGAGUCGGACCUGAGCGACGAAGAGGAGCUCUUCAAGACUGCCCAGUCGCUGAACUUCGGGGCGGCCAGCAUCAACAAGCUGCGGGCGGACAUCUACAAGGCGGAGAAGAACUCACAGCAGUACAACUCUCAGUAUAGUCCGCAGCUGGCGUCAUCUAGUCCGCAGGCCAGCAGCUCCACUAGCACUUCCAGCACCACCACCAGUACCACAACGACCCGGCGACCGACCACGACUAGGAGCACUACCACCAGCACUACCACGACAGGAGCGCCCAUUGAGUCGAAGAAGUCGGCCAAGAGCAAAAAGGAGCAGCAUCAGCUGGACAAGGAGAAGAAGGAGAAGGAGAAGCCGGCCGGAAAGAGGCCCCCUCAUGCGGACGAAGACACCAGCUACGAUUAUGCUUACUACGAUACGGACUAGCCACUGGGCCACCAACUAACCAAUCACUUGCAGUACACAC